CCAGCUCUCAUCAUGAUCCAUGGUGGUGAUGGUGGCCCGCAUUGUAAUCUUGCCUCUGCGAAUUGACCCAGUGAUUCUCGCUGCGAAAGUUGGAUCGGCGAGGACUUGACGUUUUGUGCCUACAUUGUAACAUUGCAGAAGAUUUUAGAGGGACCUGCCAGAAAGGGCGUUGCAAAUUCCAUCGCGGUGGUCUUCAGUUCUGGGCUGCUAAGCGUGCUCACUGCAUUCAAGUCCCCCAAUACAAGAGAAUUGUCUCAAAGUUGCUCAAGAAGGACACUAGCCGCAAUGAAUGACGGCAUGGUGGCACAUUCUUGCCACCACUGUGGACAUUUUGAGAAUUUUGUGACACGGGAUCUACAAGCAAACAUCAGCUCCAGUGCUCACCAAAAUCAAUCUCUUUGCACCAUUUUGACCUCCCAGAGAAAGAGGAAGCUCAAAGGCUCAAGGGAGCCUGAUUCAGCAUUGUAUCAUGUUAAGAAUCAUAACAAUAUAGCCAGCACUAGGACCGACCAUGCACAUCUUUGUUUGAGAACUAGGAGGCAUGCCAGAUGGGGUCCUCCUGAAAACCAUUCAGAAAAGUUUUGCUGUGCAAGUUCCCUGAAACCUUCAGUUGAUGAUCACAACGCUCCUGUGAAACGUCAGCCAGCAACCAACAAGAUCUGGAGCGUCGUGAUUCCCACUUACAACCGUCUGCCCAUCCUGCGCAAGUGCCUCGGAGCCCUUGAGUCACAGGUUAACGUUCUGGAGAAUGGCAUAACUGAUUAUGAGAUUGUGGUUGUCGACGAUGGCUCGACUGACGGAACUCUAGAGACUCUUGCCACCGAAGCUCAUAUCAGGUACCCUCAUCUGAAACUUCUAGAACAAGCUCAUGCUGGAGCCACGGCAGCCAGAAAUCUGGGAGUCCGGGAAGCAAGAGGGGAUACCAUCGUCUUCAUAGAUUCCGAUAUGGUUGUUGCGCCAACCUUCCUGGCAUCCCAUGCGAGGGCCUUACAGCAGGCCUAUGUAGCUGAUGGAGAUGACAGGGCCUUCACAUACGGCAGAGUGGUGAACACCAGCAACUUUGAGGAUCCAUCAUCGGAAACUUUCAAAGUGACGGAUUACUCUGCAGCCUUCUUUGCUACCGGAAACGUGGCAAUCUCGAAGCGAAGGUUGCAGAAAGCGGCCGAGCUGCUGGGCGAUCAAUCAGGCCCCUUCGAUGCGGACUUUAGCCAGUAUGGAUGGGAGGACCUGGAACUCGGAGAGCGGCUGAGAAAGCAGGGCGCGAGGAUCGUACAGUGCCCAGAGGCGGUCGGCUACCACUGGCACCCGCCCUUCAGCCUGGAGCAGCUGCCCAAGCUCCUCGAUCAGGAGCGUCAGCGGGGCAUCAACGGCGUGCGCUUUUACGAGAAGCACCCCAACCUGGGCGUGCGGUUGAUGAUACAGAUGACGCCGUUCCACGAAGGGCUGUGGUUCCUGCUGACGUUCGGGGGCCUCUUGAAUGAACGGACUCUCGAGCCGCUGCUAAGGUGGCUAGUGCGGUCUGGACAGCCGGGGAUAGCGCUAGCAAUGCUGUCUCCCGUCUUGAAUUGGUACACCGUGCAAGCUGUCAAAAGUGAGCGGGAGCGGCGGAAAGGACUGAUAAUGCAGAGUUAACCUGAUUGUAUCACAUGUCAGAGGCUGGUCUCCGAGCGACCGACGACCUGCCUUCCGUUUAGCGUUUUGGGAACAAGCUUUAUUUUUGGUUCUGUCCAAGCAGGUUGUGGGAAGAGAAUAUUGACAAGUCAAUAUUUGGAUGGUGUUGUGUCCGAAUGCGUUGGUCAGGGCCCAUGCCAGCAGCAAAGCUAUGAAAUGGAGUUACCCGCUAAGAUCAUUCUUUCCAUUAGUUCCUUAGCAGGGUUCUAAAGGUCCUAGUAAUCGAAAAGAUUUGAAUCACGAUUUGCCGGGUCAUGUCGGACCUCCGGCACUCGAUCGCCGCAUCGGAUAUAAC